CUUCUCGAUACCAAUCAGUCGACCUAAAUUCCACAAGCCAUGUCUGAUAGAGCUGCCAAAAGGCGACGGGUGUCUGAGCCAGACAGCUCGCCGUCGCCACAGCGAAAUAUCAAGAUCGAUGGAAGUAGCCCGACUGAAAUGCUUGCUAUCCUGGCCAACACUGACGAGAGUGUUACGUCGGAACCUGCUAGCGAUCUGAACGUCGCCGACAGCAUCAUUGCGCAAUCCGUAAACGUCAACGAUAUGAUCCUUGAUGAGAGCACGACUCCUGUGGAAACUGCGGCUCCGGCGUUGCCUCCUCCAAGUGGCUUUGCAUCCGACUAUACAGCAACCUUGAUCGUUGCGUCUUUCCCCUCAUCCGUUAAGAUGAGCUCUUUGCUUCCUUCCUUACCACACCGAGAAUUGCUACUGAAAGCUUUCCUUGAGCAUGUCCAUCCAGUCACGAAGAUUGCACAACGAUUGGUUGUGGAAAGAUUAUUCAGGGCGCCUCCCUAUUAUUUGGAUGUCAACCCGUUACUUGCACCAAUGUUGUUUUCUUACCUUCUUGUGGCUGUCUCGUCAAUCAGGCAUUUUUCGGACUUUGAGAGCCAGUAUGGCGCCUCGUGGGGGACUCUUCUCAUGAAAUACGAGGAGGCCACGCGGACUGCUUUGGCUAGAGCGGAUUUUAUGCGAUCAGACAGCAUAAGGAUUCUGGAAGCGUUGGUUUUCUAUCUCUUGGGUGUUCGGCGACGUUAUCCUCCAGAGGCAAUAUGGCCUCUGACUAACAUUGCAGUCAGAUUCGGGCAACGCCUGGAUCUCCACAAAGACGGGUCAACUCUCAAUGUUCCACCUGUCGAGAGCGAAAUGAGAAGAUGUCUUUGGUGGCAGAUUAUACUCAUCGAUACUCAGGCCGGCCAAUUGUGCGGUCAGGACCUCUUGAUGAGUUCGCUGCUGUCAGACUUUGACACGGAAGAGCCGAGGAACAUAGACGAUGACGAUCUUGUACCCGAAUCUCUCGGUACACCAGUAGAGCGUGAGCAUUUAGGCGAGAUGACCUUCUGUCAGAUGCAGUAUCAUUUCGCAAACUUCUUGCGAGACAAGGAUACCGGCCGCAAGCUAUUCGAUUCUGACAGAUCCCUUGCCUCGAAGCUCAUGAUUGUCAGCAUCUACAAGACCGAGUGCGACGACAGAUACCCUACAGCGACGUUGGACUCGGAUCCCCUGUACCUGCUAGCCUUUGUCAAUGCGUGCAAUGCGCAGUACAGAUUGGAUCAUAUCAUCAAUCACGAAAGCAUACGCAAGGGGGGCGAGGACAACGAAUUCACGAAGAAGCAAAGAGAGUGUGUAUGGUCGGCUUCUCAGCACAGGAUUCACACCUACAUCAACACAUACGACAUCACGGACAAAUACAUGUGGUACGUCGACAAUUAUCUUCCACUCGACGCUCUCAUAUUCUCGCUCUUCGAAUCCACGCAAUUUCCUCGUCAGAGUGCGAAUAUGCACAAGGAAUGGCACAAAAUCGACCAACUGCUAACAGGCAAUCCGGAUCUAAUGAUGCACCCCCGUAAUCCAUUUUCCAAAGAGAUUGUGAAGCUCGCAGAUAUCGCUUGGAAGCAACGUGAGCGCGAGCUCAAUAGACAGCAGGAAGUUCUAGCUCGUCGUUUCAGACCAAUGUUCUUGCAACCACUGCAAAUCAGUAUGGCGGAUAUAUGGUCACAGGGCGAUACCGAGGAUGCCGACACCCUCGCUCAACGAGUACGAGAUAGUGCAAUGACUGCCACCGCGGCUGAGGAUAACCGAUUGCGCAUUGAAUCGACGCGGCAGGAGGAAAAAAUAGAAGCCGGUGCUGCGCACAGUUGGCAUUAUUGGGACAAGCUGUUGUGCAAGAAUAGGCUGGUACCCUUUCUGCAUCAACAGAUGAUUACAUUUACACCCUGGAUAUAGCUGUCUCGAUGGAGCGAGUUGACUACCGUAUGAUUAGCAUAAACAUCGUCAAGAACUGACAUGCACAACAGCACUUAGACAACUAUGGAAUAAGCAGUAUUGGCCAUUUAUGAAACGUAAAGUCUUGAUAUGCAUACAC